AUGGCCUUUGAUUCCAUUGCUAUGCGUAUGCUCGCUCUCUGCUCUUUCAUUCUCCUCUUGGUUUCCCGCCAUCGCGUCCAGCUGUGGCCCUCACAGGGCGCGAUCGCUGGCGCUCACCUGACAGGUCCCUGGCCUCAGGACGACAGCCAGCACCAACACGUUCCCUACAUGAGGGACAAAGCGACGCAGACCCCCAGGGCCUGGGCAGAUGAGAGGAGGAGGGGCUCUCACAAACGCUCGGCCUCCUGUGGGAGCACCGACCAGCUCAAGGAGAUUGCCAAAUUGCGUCAGCAGCUUCAGCGCAGCAAACGCAGCAGCCGCCAUCGGAGGGAUAAAGACCGCAAGUCCCCGUUCAAUGGCAGCCACACCAUCAUCCAGUCGCAGUCCCCGAUGCCCAAGACCAUUCUGAUACCCAUCCCUAUAUCCAAGUCAUCGGCCCCUCGCUUCCGCAACAGCGUGGAGGGUCUCAACCAGGAGAUCGAACGCAUCAUCAUCCGGGACACCCCCGAGAAGGACGAGACCAUCGUUCCACAGGAUGUCCCAGAUGGGCACCGCGCACCCCCACCUGUCCCCCCGCAGCGCAGCAGCAGCACCCGCAGCAUCGACACACAGACACCCUCAGGGGGCGGCUUGAGUGGUAACCAUAGCAACUGCAGUAGCCGCCCCGACUCCAUCUCGCCCUCCUACCUCACCGUCCUCAAUGACACGGGUGGAGGCAGCCCCUACGAGGAGAAAGAGCUGGGCCCCUGCUCCCCGCUGCCUAAAUACGCUGCCUCUCCCAGACCCAACAACAGCUACAUGUUCAAGAGAGAACCUCCAGAGGGCUGCGAGAAGGUCAAAGUGAUCGAGGAGUCCAUGCCCAAACCUCUGCAGGAGAUCCCUCCCUUCCUGUGUCCCGACCGCAACAAGGUCAACUUCAUCCCCAACAGCGGCUCUGCCUUCUGCCUUGUCAGCAUCCUCAAGCCCUUACUCCCCGCCCCGGACCUCAACUUCCGCCCCGGGGUGGGUCUGCGAAGCCUGUCCCCGUCCCUCGUGCCUCUGUCCACCCAGCCCUGCCUCCUGGAGGAGCCCGAGAGUUUCUGACGAGGCGUUUUAAGUCACCACAAACCCCCGAAACAGCCACCCACGAGAAUUGGAAAACAUUUGAAACUAGGAAACAACCCUUCAGCUCCAAAAAAUGCCUUCAGCAUGCCAGCUAAGCUCUCUCUGAUGUCCUUAUCUUGUUGAAAAAGUGCUUCCCACUGCCUCUCCUCCUCAGACAACUACAACGUGAGAGUCCUGCAGCCCAGUGUGGGUGUUUGCAGCCAACAUUUCAUCGCUUUCUUCUACCUUUAGUGCUGGUUAUGUUCCUGUUUUUUGGGAGGAAAAGGGUAAAAGGACAGACUCUUUUAUUUCAUCGUAUUAUACCACAUAAUACGCCUUUCCACGGACAUAUCUCUUUUCUAUCUCUAGUUAUUUCUCUUGAUAUAAAAUAUGCCUUCCAUUAAAAAAAAAAAAAGGCCCGCAGGUUUCCUUGGCGACCAAGAGAUUGACCAUAGAGGCUAAUUUUGGUGCUGCCAGUUAUAUCGUAGCAAAACCUGAAAGGUCGUGACAAGGAGAAGUUAAAAAAUGUGCCUGAUAUUUUCGACCGCUCAGUUUCCCCAAACCAGCGUAGCGCUCUGAUCAUGUUUGAUCUUUGUACUAUGGUGGCCAUAGAUACACACAGAGGGGCGGGGCUUAGCCUCAAAAAUACAAGGUGGUCCAGUGUCCAGUGCACAAUAUACGUAGACCACCUGUGAGCCAAAUCCAGACAUCUGUUUUCAGCUGCUUCCAGUGACAGCUGACUAAACUGGUACAAGCUGAUGCCUUUGUUACACUAACUGGUAGCAGUGAGCUGGUCCCGCUGAGUGGUGUGUAUCUAUGGGAAACACAGGCCAGGGCUAUGAUGUGUGCAGCGUGUUCAACCUGUGUCUGCUCGCCCCUCCUUCCCAAAGCGCCAGCCUUUUGCUCACAGUGUCCUUUUUUUACUCCACCGCCAUCACAACCACAACCUCCUCCUCUUCUGCUCCUUUUCCCCCUCCCUCUCUCUCCUUUUCUUUCCCUCACUGUCACUGUAAUGCUGAUUUCCUUCUGUCUUGCUCAAACUGUGUUGUUGUGAAAUGUGUCCAGAGGGGCCUCGUCCCCCCCAGGAGAGACCUCCUCUGGCUUGCAGGGCUCUGGACAUGGAGAGGUCGUGAACCCAAAUGCUGCACUGCAGACUAUUGGGAGUAUGUUGGGAUGUUCAAAUCAGAUACAACCAACCUUUUUUUUCAGUAGUCUGACUUACAAAUGCUUUAAUAUUAGUAGCUGGUGAUCAUAGUGGAGCAUUUAGACGCCAAAGCCAGAUGGAGACAGAAGGUUAGAUGUCCAGAAACACAACCCCAAAUGAAUGCUAAUGUUGCUCUAAAUGCUAACAAGGCAGGUUUAAAUAUGCAUGACUUAAUAAGCAACAAAGUUAAAGUUUAAAAAAAACUUCCUGUGUGGGUGUGGUUAAAUUAAAUUUGACUGACAGCAGCCAGGCAACAUAAGACUUUAGCUGUGUCCCAAUUCAGGGAGCCGCUGUAGACCGCGAAGGCCGAAUAGAAAUGAGACGGCCUGGUCUAUGGAGGAUUUACGUUGUGCGUCACUUGCCCGCCGUUACCGUUACGUACUGCACGGGGAUUGGUCCAAAACCUCUAUUUUUACGUCCGCGUUAGGACGUCAAAUUCGUACGUCUUAAGACGAUAUAAAAUGCUGAAUUUACAAUUUACAAAGACUAUAUUUUUUAAAUUACGUCUUGACGUAAUUGACGUACAGCCGUUACAUCUUGAUACGUUUAAAAAAAGAAAAAAUAUAUAUAUAUGUAACGUCUGUUGACUUUAUUGACGUCUACUAGACGUUUCGUCAUCAACCGUAACUGACGUGUACAGAUGUUACGUCUGAAAGACAAUAUUUAAAAUAAAUAAAUAACGUCUGUACACGUCAAUAACGGCUAACGACGACAUAAAAUGCCAUCUCUGCGCGUCAGUUACGUCUGAAGACGAUAUAAAAGAACCCCUGUAGACGUAAUUAACUUGUAAAUACAGUUAUUCCAGUGUCAGACUGUUUGAUGACUCUAAGUCUAAAAAGCUGAUUAAAAACUAAAUGACAUGACUGAUAUCUGAAUUUCUGAGGGUAGGUUGUCAUGGUGAUUGAAGUGUAGUACUGUUGGUUGACAGCCUCUCCGUGCGCCUGGUCCACCCUCCUGUAUAUGUCAUUACUACUUGACUGUGCCUGCUAUGGUGGGAUAGGAAUGUACUGGAUUUGUAAAUAUAGAGGCACACUGUGUUUGUAUUAUCAGCUGACAAAGAUAUGUAUCUGAAUGAGUCAAUAAUUGUACCAUAUAAUACCCCCUCCUCCUCCUCCACCUCCCCACCCCCCUCCUGUUCCUCUGCUGAGUACUGUGAAUUACUAUGUCUCAUUAUUGUGAAUAAUUAUGUAUUUAUUUAUCAGACAGGAGUGUAAUUGGGUCUUCAGAGAAUUUUAAUCAAGAGUAGAUUACAUCGUCCAUCUCAGGUUGUAGUGAAUAGGAAACAAAAACAGAUAAACUUACUUCUCAGUGCACACUAACAAGUCUACACUACUUUAAGUGAGCAAAACAACAGCUGCUAUUUCUGUAGCCUCACACAGUGGAAAUCCUGAAUGAUGUAAACCUGUAGCAGAGUAGAAGUGGGUGUUGUUUGUUCAGUGACCUGAUUUGAGUUAACAACCAGUUGCUAAAAUGGUUAUGUAACAAAUAAUGUCUUUAAGAAACAAAGAGUUCUGUUCCAAAAUGAGAGAUAUCCACGUGCUGGAAAACAAUCACACAACAGCGACAUGCUCUUAUUUGUCGUUUUUAGAAAUAUGUUUACAGAAAAAUAAAUAAAGUAGUUCGAAAGAGCAGAUUCA